UUUGUGUAAAUCUGAGUCAAUAUUAUUGAGUAAACAGUGAAUCAAUUGAUAAGAGUUUGUGGCGUUUCUGUGGUUAUUAUCUGUUUGUUAUUGUUUUGCCAUUCAUUGCCAUUGAUUGUCGCAAAAGUGACAUCACAUCCAUAGACAAUACCUCUUGUUAUCGUUGCCAUUAAGUGCCAAAACUCGCGGAUCAAACAGUCGGUGGUAUGUCUGCGGCCGAGAAGUCAGCGCUGGAUUCGGUGUCUUCGACGCCACAUGUCGUGGAGAGCCAUCAGCUGAAGGUGUGGUCAGAUAUCGCCGCCAGAGAUGUGCAAGACUUGCGCCAAUUGGUCGCUGGAGAGGUGAUCCACGACAAGAGUCCGUUCGCGUAUUCGCCGCAAAUCAACGCGAAGAUCGCCCUCUGGUUCGGCGAUAUCACCCAAUUGGCGGUCACUGCCAUUGUCAACACCACUAACGAGCACUUCAAUGAGGUCAGAGUCUGUAAGACGGGCGACGCCAAGCUGUCGAAAGGCUAUGAGCUGCCGGCCCGGUAUGUCGUCCACACCGUUGGCCCUAAAUAUAACUCCAAAUACCAUACGGCGGCCGAAAACGCUGCUGCAAAUCAGUCGCGACAACGGCUUCUCCUCACUGGCCUUGAGUGCCAUCAAUACGCCNAGCUGCCGGCCCGGUAUGUCGUCCACACCGUUGGCCCUAAAUAUAACUCCAAAUACCAUACGGCGGCCGAAAACGCGUUAUACAACUGUUACACAAAAGUGCUGCAAAUCAGUCGCGACAACGGCUUUUCCUCACUGGCCUUGAGUGCCAUCAAUACGCCGAACAGAGGGUAUCCGCGACAGUCGGCCGCACACAUAGCCCUCCGAGUGGUCCGCCGUUUUCUCGAGCAUUACAGCGAUUCCAUCGAUUUGAUUAUCUUCGCCGUCGACGACACGGACAUCGGUUUCUACGAGCUUUUAAUGCCUCUGUAUUUCCCGCGCUCUGAGCCCGAGGAGGAGUACGCGCGCUAUCAACUACCACAAGACGUGGGCGGGCAGUACGGAGAGCCUGUCAUACCGGAGCGCGAGAUCAGGAUCGCCGCCAAACCCAACACAUUGUCGACCAUUGAGGAGAGUGUGGACCUAUCGAGCGGUUUGGACACAUCGGUGGCGGUGGGAAAGACAACGUUUGCCAAAAUGCACGGCGAUUUAGAUAAGAAAGAAUGA